AUGCCUAGAGACAAACUAAUUACCAUUGAUAAGCUAAAAACUUCGCUGAAAGAGGAGCAACGGCCUCAGCAAAAUCAGAAAUGCGAUAAAAUGCAAAACAGCUUUACAAUGUUCCUUGUUUAUUUGCUCGAACCGAUUUUACCUGGCGAUGGUAACAAAACGGACGGGAAGAUUGCAAGCGUCGUCUACCUCAUUUGUCUCACAACUGCAGGAAUAGUAAUGAACAUCGCGAGCUGGCUGCACAAUGAUGGCACGGUAACUGGCGUAACGAGGGAUCACAUCGAUGGUUUCUUAAUGACAUGCAUAUGCCCUGCACUUAUUUGGAUACUUUAUAUAUUUUGCAAGCAAAAUGACAGGAAAACUGUUGAUUUUAUCAGUCCAAUGCCCCAUUCGCACAGGCCCUUAAUGACGGGUGCAUAUGUUUUUGGAGCUGGGAGCUGUGCAAUGGAUGUUCUUCACAUUGGGUUCUAUAUGCAAUGUUCAGAAAGCUUGUCCGGCAUGGCGUUUUCCGUGUUCAAAGCAGUUUUUAUCAUUGCUCAAAUCCUUUUCUUGCGGAAGUUCUCGGAUGCCACCCUCCACAAAUCACAGAAUAUUAGACUAGUGCUGUUUCAUAUACUGGGUACAAAUGUUUGCCUGUGGUUUCGUGCUUUAUUCAGCCACGUUCGCCUUAUUAACAAAUCUAGCUUUCAAUUCAAUCCUCUUAAUCAAACAGUGACAUGUGACAACCAAAAGACACCAAUGUCUCAAAUAUGGCUUGCCUCAGAGCCGUACCUUUAUCCUUUCACCAUGGAGUACUCCCUCAUCUCAGGAGGGAUCCUGUUCAUGAUGUGGAGCGGGCUGCGGGACCUCAACCCAGACCCCCAAGAUAUAUACAUUUACGAUGAAAUUUCCGAAUGGAAUACGAGCGAGGCUGGGGAUUUCAAGGAUGACAGUAGUGGCUAUAUAGGAAGCAGCACACCUUCGACGUCAUGGUCACGGUCCCAAAGUCAUGCUUCGCUUUCAACAGCCUCUGUUUGCAAAUCAUGUCAAGAGACUAGAGAGGCAAUUCGAGAUUCCUACACUUCGAGCUCCGACCCUGGAUUCCUAUUCGGAGUGCUACUUUCAGCCUUCCUGCUAUUUGCCAUUGCAUUGUUAAUGCUAGACCAUGGCUCUGAACAUGCUUUGCGCUUCUAUUAUGUGUAUCAGAUAAUGCUACAUGCUGUCAUGGUGACAGCACUAUGGACCUUUCUCAAGGCACUACAAACCCAGCUGCCCGCCUGGUACUCAUACGAUUCGGAUGACACACUCUUGAUCGUUUCUUUCACAGGGGUUUUUCUUUAUGCUGGCCUCGGUUUCACAUCAGCUAUAUCUGAAAUGAAGGCAAUGUCGUCAUUAUCAAACUAUGUAGCGGCCAAAUCUGUACUUGUACUGUUUGAAUCGAUGUUGCAAGUGACUGCCAUAAUAAAGGCAUUACGAUUCAAACCCAACGUGAAUGGUUCUUAUGCAGACAUGAUCAGACAGUGCGCUCUUUUUCUGUUAACAACAAACAUUGCUCUUUGGGCGCAAGACUCGUUUUUUGAAAUGCGUAGUAGUCUAACUACACCAGUGCAAAAUAAGCAGUUUGGAAGCACAAGUUGGCGUGCAAUCACUGUUUUCGCCUACCCAUUGUGCAUAUUUUUCAGGUUCCAUUCGGCGGCUUGUUUAUUCGAGGUUUGGUCAAACUUUAAGCAGUGCUGCUCGUAAAUUCGCCGCUUAGAGAAAUACUAGAGAGUCUCACUGCCUGCAUAAAGCAAAACGAUUGUAAUACAAUGAAACUUGUAUAUUUUAUACUUAUUACUACUAAGAGCUAACAAUAAAAGUAUGAUAUCAGAAAGGUAACUGUAUUUUUUAUGGAUUGAGAUGUCUAUGAAGCAGAUUCAUGUACCUCAUAUGCAAUGAUAUAAAAGUUCGAAUGGAAGAAAGGGCUCCAACGAGGUUUCCGCAAAAAAGAUUAUCAUUCUGAAUGUAACCAUAAUACAGACGCUCAUACCAAGCUUAAAGUGCACAGGUUCAGUUCAGUUCAGUUCAGCUAAACCUUUAAAAUUCCACAACAUAUUAAAGCUUUUUAAACUAACAUAAAAUUAACUUAUAACGAGUUACACAAUAGACAUUUUAUAUAAUAGGAUUACAUUAGAUUUGGUAUAUUGAGGAAAUUCCUAAGGAGAAGUCUUUUCAGUAGAUAAACUAAUCGAGAGCAUCGCCUAGGCUGAAAAACUAUUAUUUAAAUUAUAUUUUCAUCGACAGUUUCGAAUAACAUAUGUCGACAAAAUUUAUCAUUGACGAGAUUUUAACACUGAUAAUUGGUGGAGAGCAGAUUCAAUUUUAGAUCAAGACGGGAAAUCAUCGGUGAAGGAAACUGUUUAACAUUGAAGGGGUUUUCAUUCCAAGAUUUAGCGACUGCAUAUCUGAUUGAUUAUAUUGCAAUGUAUUUGUAUGCAUCAUAACAAUAUCACCUUUGUAAGACUGCCUUGUAAUAUAUGCAAAGAAACUUUGUUGACAAGUUGCAAAUGCUGCCACGUUAUUAAAACAUUGGUAUUUUUGUUACAAAGCCAGUUUAAUAGUCGUGGAUGAUUUUUAAACUAUAUUUCUGAGGCGUUGUUCCUAAAAAUGCUUGAGUAAAAAACGUGCAAAGAUUGUGCAAAGUGACGCAUCUGAGGAAAUGAGGGCUGAGACUUGACGGAUGCAGAAACAUCUCUUUAGAGUUACAACCAACUCUCGCGUGUUAGCACAAAGGAAACUUUAACGGUGCUCUAAGACUUGCGGUGAUUGCAUAAGUCUGUAUGUACUUUUCUAUCCAUGCUAUUUUCUCAAUGUGACGUCAUUUGCGUAGUGUACCUUUCCACAUGAAAAGAAACAGCAGUUCUAAAUUAAAGUUCUGAAUUAAUUUGUUUUUUUUUCUUAGCUUUAAAUUUUGAAAAUUUGAAUAGAAAGCCCGGAAGAUUACAAUAAAGAAUUGUUGAUUUUACCUAGAUAUUGUACCAAAAAAUAAGAAAACAAUUUUGGUUUAGCGAAGUUAUGUCUAUGCUCGUGAGGGCUAGCUGGAAGUUGGAUUAACCUGUCAGUAGCCUUGAAAGGAUUUGUAGUAUUCGUGACGGCGAAUUUUUCUAUUUUGUUCUUUAAAAAUUAGAGAUAAAUGCAAAAGUUAAUGCAAAGCGUCAAGUCCAAGCAAGAUGCUUGAAGGUCCAAGUAUUUGAGUUGGUAGCUCAAGUUAUUCAAGAAUUCUGAAUAAGGGGGUUGUUAUUCUGUCUAAAACAAAAAGCAAACUUCGAAUAAGCACAGGCUGGAAAACAGUCUGUAGUACAUGCAGAGUGGGUAAGUGCUUUUGCUUAUGAUUCGCCAUAACUUGUCUCCAUAGAAACUGAUUUGCAGUUCUGUUUUAUCGUUGUGAUUCAAAUCGAAAUAAACCAGGUGAAUCCACAGAACGAAGUUGCAGACCAUUAAAUAAAGGAUGCACUGCCUCACGAUGUUUGAUGACCUUGGUUUCAGAACCACUUGGCAAUACGAGUAUGCCUUCAAGAUGAGGUGAGUUUGCAUGACAACCUGCGCGAAAAAGAGGCAAUGGUCGCAGAAUGCAAGAUUUACAUAGUCAGUAAAUUGGUGUCUUUGCAUUUCUUUGAUAAGUGCCAGAAUAGAGAACCACGAGUACCACGUACAACAGAACAGCAAAAUGAACAAAAGAACUGUCACAGGGAAGGAAAUGCCAGGCACUUGUGGAAUUGGGAACUGUUUUAGUUUUAAUGUACAUAAUAUUGUCGCUAUGAUCAUUGACACGAUAAAAAUUAAGUGGAACGCGAACAGUUCUAUCUUCUUGUCAGUUAAAAAAUUUUUCUCCCACCAAAAAGUAUAGGGGAUAGAAAGAAUCGCCCCAAUCGUUAGACCAAAUACGAGGCCAGCAUCCAUAUGAGGCUCUUUCUGGACAGCACUGCUUAUUGAAUGAAAUUUUUCCUGGCUCAUCUCAGUUUCGGUUGUCGUUUCCAUGGAUAUGUCGUGUUGCUCCUCCCCAAGCUGAUAACUGAAGCGCAGCGGCUUCGAAUGAGAUCUAGGAAUCUUUUUUAUAUUCGUCCAAAUGAUCAGCAAAAGAAUAGCAACAGUGAUGUAAAAUUCUUGAUCAAAAGCUAUAAUGUAUUCAUCUUUACCAUUCAUAAUUGGAUUGAUAAGCACAUUUGUGCAGUUGCUAACCAUUAUCCACGGCGAUGAAGGCAGAAGUGUGCGCGAGUUGGCCAGGCACGUUCUCAGCAUUAGACAAACACAUGUACCCAACACAUGAAAUAUUUGAACGGAGACGUUGAUGAGAUUAGCUGCUGCAUAUUUGCGCAAAAACAUCAUCAAAACGAUUGAAAACACAAGUUUUAAUGCAGUUAAUGCAAAUCGGAAAUACAAGGUUUUGAUGCAACCAAUCAGAAUCCAGAUUGUUAUUGUGUCUGUAACAAUGCAGGAUAUGCCGAAGAGGUAAACGACUAUCAAGAGAGGUCGAACGUAUCUCUUGGGAAGAUCCAUGAAGAUAACGAGAGAAGAUUUCUGUUGCUUUAAUAGAAUUGUAAACAUCCAGACGAUCGAUAACAGCAUGCUUAAACUGCAAAACAAAUCAAGGGAUAUUUCAUGUAGUUGCCUUGCUGACUUGGCAGGCAAUUGUGGUGAUAUAAAGUACAUCACGGACAGAAUGAAUCCGACAGAGACAAGAAAAUACAAAUACACCAUUGACUCAAUGGUUCUGUCUUUGCCGACAUCAUUUGAAAAAUGGCUUUGACUUUUCGGUGACAUUGCCAGUGGUUGAUUCCUUGGACUCCUCUGACCGAGUCUUUCAUUAACAAUGCUGUGAUUCAUGUUUUUCGGAGUUGUUUCUGCUCACCCGAGAACAAGUUUGUAUUCUUUUAGGCCCUUUCGGAAAUUUUAGGUGUGUACGUUGCAAAUGGAUUUUGUAUUGUGUAUGUACAUGACCUAUUAACCAUGAACUAAAAGAUCAUCGAAUUCGUAAGUCAAAGGUAAGGCUCUGUUUGCCUGCUUUUUGCUUUAUUCGCCAAUAGCAGGUUUUGUUCAACUAGCUUCACCGGCAAAGCGUUUUGAUAAGAUCGGUAUAAUUAGUGAUCGGGUGAUCGUUCACCAUGUCACCAGUCAGCGCAAAACCACGAAUGGUUGAUGAGUAGGAGCUCUGAUUCUCACUAAAAAGUUCUUACUGAAACGAAUAGUGGGUGGUAUCACUGAUGGUCUAUUGCCAAUUUGAUUGUUUCCCUGUGGCUAAGCUUCAAUUACAGAAGCCAGAUGUAGCUAAUGAUCACCAACCGUGGCAUCAGGAAUAUCUGAAAGUAGUUUAAACGGACAAAUUGUAAAGCUGCCAUGGAUCGGAUGGAACUCAGCGAUGAUGACGGAAUAAAGAGUCCCGUUUCGGAUCAGAAUUGCAGCUGUAGCUCUUGCUGGCACUGCUGUGUUUCUAAGAAUGUUAAAAAGUCUAGUGACGUUCUGAAAACACACAACAUGACAAUAAGUCUCCUUUAUUUGCUUUGUUUUUUGACGGGAGCAAGCUCAUUGGCAAUCAGCUUUUGGCUCGGCUUAACAGAUGUGUAUUGGGUGCACAUCUUUAUGAUAACAUUGAUCAGCCCAGCCUUUGUUGGCUUUGGUUUGUUCCUUGGUUGUAAGUCCAACUGGAGUGAAAACACGCAAAGCGCAAAAGCAUUAUGCUAUGGACGUUCCUAUAUCAUCGCUAUUGUUCCUUGUUGCUUAGCAGCAGUUGCCCUCGAUGCCUUGCGAAUUGCGUUAUACAUAGAAACAAACCGAAGCAUCACUGAUAUUGUGUUCAUCAAUUUAAAAUUCUUCUACAUUGCAUUUCAAGUCGUUUUUUUGAUAAAAUAUAUCCGCUACCACAUUGCAGAAAGUCUUUGUUCAAGGCUGUUUCUCGUGCACUUGAUUGGGACUAAUAUUUUCUUAUGGUUUCACGAAUUCUCCGUCCACUCUACACGCAGCCUAGAGUAUUUGCGAAACGAGUACUCAAAAUUAUAUGUUCAAAAAGGAAAAUUGAUAUUGAAGAUAAUCGACAGCAGUGAACCAUACGUGUAUCCGCUGGUCAUGCAGUUUAUGAUAAUUGCGUCUGCAGCCUCGUUCCAUAUCUGGCUGAACGUGCGAGGGCUUGAAGCCGAGACACAAGAUAUCUACAUUGAUGAUGAUUACACAGAAAUGCGAGGGGCAGUCACAAGGAGACACCGCACGGUUCGCUAUGUGGCAGGCCCCAUAGCCCACUCAGAGAUGAUCGAAGCAAACGUUGAAACAAGCGAGAAGCACAUUCCAUUGCUCUCUUGUGGGUUGGUGAUUGGCUCGUUUUCUUUUGUCGGCCUUGUGUUCUCAGCAUUGCUACUACUGUCACAAAGUUUGGACCGCAAUACAGCCUUGACAGUGUAUCAUGUUUACCAAAGUGCGUUGUUUGUGUGCAUGAUUUCGUCAUGUGUUACUUGCCUUGCGAAGAUGUCCCAAGAGCAAAUACAUACUCUCAGUGUUGGUGGGUUAGACAUUCUUAUCCUUGUACCAAUGCUUGGCUAUUUGCUUUACGCUGAGUUUUCUGGGGUUGCUAGCUUUUCGGACAUUUUUGAUCACCGUUCUUCGGCUGUAGUACUUUUCUUAUCAAUUGCAAAAAUCAUUCAAGCUGCCUUGCAAUCUAUAAUCAUCACCAAAGCAUAUAGAAACGAACUAACAUCCUCGGGCCAAGGUUGCUGUUCAUUUGUUCCAAAUGCUUUGAUGUUUCUCCUUUUUUCAAAUGCAGGAUUGUGGAUAUCGGAAUCUAUAUUUGAUUUACGGAUAUCGUUUGUGACACCUGUCCAGUGCAGGUUCUAUGGAAGUUCGCUUUGGGAGGCAAUCAAAUUUGCGCUUUAUCCUUUAUGCGUACUGUUUAGAUUCACUUCCUGUUCAAGCCUGCUCGAGAUUUUGCUCUGGUCAGAUGAAUUUUGACAGAUGUUUCAAUUUCAUACGUUUCAUUUAACCGAAAAGAAGGUUAUUCGAAUUUCUCUCGUAGUUGCAGAGGCUGGUGUGUACAGCGGCUGUCGUUUUGGAAACUUUUAAAUUUGAUUGAUAAAUUAUCUGCAAUGUAAAAAGUCUUUUGUUUAUUUGCUUUUUAAAUAUCUUAAAUAUUAAUUUGCUUUUAAAUGUUUUAUUUGCAAACUGCUAUUUUCUUUAGAUGCAUUUUAAAGCGUUAACGGUUUACUGGUAUCUAGAUAUUCAUAUUGAAGAGAUGGAUCAGCUAUUCAGUGCUUACGCAAAGAUCAGAACAUCCAGCCCCCUCCCUUGUACACAGACGCAAGCCUUCAAAAAACCUUUUACCAAUACUUUUUCCCACGUAUGCUAUCGACCCCCUCUUUUUUGAGGAUGAAAUUUCUCUGUUUCAAGAAUACUUUUAUUUUUUACAAGUACUAGCGUAUUUUAGAUGCUGCAAAAGAUUGCUCCGAAGCCUAUUAUAUUAUGGAAAUCUUUGAUAUGGGAGAUUAGUAAAAUGUGCUCAAAACGCAAAUUUUUACGUAAAAUUCAACUAUUUCGCCUCGCAGGGUCCAGGUACGGUCAACGGGAACGAUGCUGUUUUAUGCCCUCAGAGCAUCUCGACUUGCACAUACAAUUUCUACAUAAUUCCUCCUAAAAUCAAUGAAUUGCUCAGUUAAAGGGCGUUAAAAAGUUGAUGGGCGUCAAAAAGAUGAUAGGGGUCAAAAAGAGGGUUUCCUCACAGUGCCAUCCUAAGUGUGAAAUCCACGUAGUAGAAUUAUUAUGAACCUAGCGAUUUCCUUAUCCACAUUUCAUUGCAGCUACAAAUUAUAAGUGCGUGAAGAAACAAACAUGUUGUUCCAUCUACCAUUCGUUCUGCUUUGCACCCAUUGACUUGCCUAUGUUCUUGGAAUGUUAUUCUUAAAAGCUGUAAAUUAAAAAGCCGAACUAUGCAAAAUAUGCAAAAUUUCAUCAUCCAAGCUUUCAAAUUUCAAAUGCGGACGACGGGUGGCGGACGAGAACAAUUAGAAAAACGUUUUGUUUUCCGUGUCACGUUUCUUUUAAAGCCAGGUAAACAGCCAGCCUGGUUGUCAAUUGAUACCUUUCCUCCUCUUGGGAUCCCUUUUGCAUGUCAAAAAGGUUUAAGCUCAUUGCGAAUUGAACCGAAGGCACACAUUAACCAUGCAAUUACCUAAAGAGGGCCUGGUUUUUUGGAUUUAGUGCCAUAAAAGGAUCUUGAUAUCAUCAAUGCUUGAUGUUGCCCACGUUCAGGUGAAUGUCAUAUGUAACUAAAGGAGGAGCUACCUAUGGCGCGCAUAUACCGACAAAAAUAGGAAAGUCAUGGCACAGAAUAGAAUAGAAGAAUAAGAAUUGAUUGCGAGGAACAACACCUUCGUACCUUAAAAUUGUAUAAAUAAGGUAGUCACUCCUAAAAUGAAUCGAAUCUGCCAUGUUUUCGUCAUUUAAUGAUGAUCUUUCGCAAUCAAUUCUUACUCUUCUGAUCAUGUCACAAAGGAAAUCAGCAGCGGACCAUCGUUGUGGCAGAGAAGCUUCCGCCAUGACUUUCCUAUAUCCUGGAGCACAAAAGGAGGCUGCUUGGCAAAGUUCAGGAAGAGGCUAUCAACAUUCACCAUUGAAAUUUUGGAAAAGCCACUGAAACUUUAGAGUGAUUGAAAUUUUAGAAAAUGUUGAGCGGGGGUUCAAACUUUAGAAAUGGUUGCAAUAUUAGAACUAACCUAGCAUGACUGAAAUUUUAGAAAUCUCGCAGAGCAAGCGAUCGGAAUUUUAGAAACGUUGACUAAGUAAUUGAAAUUUUAGAAAAUGUUGAACGGUGGUUGAAACUUUGGAAAUGACUGAAAUUUUAAAACUAGCUUUUCAUGAGAAUGCAAAGCAAUUGAAGUUUUAGAAGAUCACUAAACUUUUAGAAAGUAGGUGAAAUUUUAGAAAGAACUAUUUUUGGCGGUAUAUGCGCGCCAUAUCUACUGACCAUAGAGUUUGCAAACCAUAUGCAAAAAUGGUUUACUGGAGAAAAAGUUGAGAACAGACAGUUAAACAUUUUUUUCUGAGAAGGACAAAUAAUUGUUACAUUAGCAAGGGCUGUGAAGAAACUAUGUCCGUCAACUCCAUAGAACUUGAGAUACCAAGUAACCAUGAAGUUUUGAGAGCAAUUUCCGUUCAAAAUCUAGUAAGGAAUUUGGUUUUAAAGUACGGAAUUAGAAACUGCAUCUAAAUUUAUCAGCCAUUAACCGCACUCGCCAGAAAACCGCAAUUUUUCAUACACAAAAACCAAAUUAUGAUACAUUCUGAUAUUUGAACUUCUUGUAUCUAGCGUGUGUAACAUAAUUUUUUAUUAGUACUUUUUAAAGCGGGCAUCUGCAAAGUAAUGGUAACAGAUUUUCGGGGCUACCGUGCCUUGAUAAUAAAAAAAUGAAUGAAAAUAAGAUGAAUAUAUGAAUAAGAAACGGUUGAGAGAAGACAUUCAGAGAAGGAAGUUUUUUAACGACUUGAAGAGGAGAAUAUCCUAUCGUUAAGUUCAAGUUAGAGUCAGCCCCCAAAUUCCUAAAGUCUAUUUUACACAAUAUAAUUUUAUCUUUUCCAGAGCACCACAAAAUCAACCCCCCCCCCUCCAAACAUUAGCAAGAUCUGAAUUGUUCUAACAAUGAAAUUGAAGAGGAUUCGGUAACCAAUGUAAAUCAAUGAGAAAUAACGGCUAUCAGCUUCAGGCAGACGGAAAUAAGUUGAAAUACAUUUUCAUUGAGUGUUCCAGCGAAAAAGACAGUGAGGACGAGAAUGGAAUCCAUACCAUAUCCUCUCAAACAAAAUUUACUUUUGAGUUGUUGUUUUUCACUUGUUAAAAAUUUCUACUCUUACUUUCCAAUGAUAUUCAGUUACCUAUAAAGGACGAUGAAGUCAUGCAAAAACGUCGAGAAGUAAGUAAAAUAGCAAUUCUAUACAUCCUUCAAAAGCUCUGAUUAUGAGCCACUCGAAAAUGGACAUUUUUGUCAAUUAUAGUUGCGAGGAAACAACAAAGGCGUUUCAAAGUGACUUUUCUCUAAGUUGUCGGUGUUAUCGUAAAAUUGACUUCACUUCAAAUUACUCUUUAUUCUAUUUUUGUUUUGAAGUCUACUUAGAAAAUUUAGUGCAAAUAUGCAAGAAAUGGUAAGGCCGAGUCAUUGGCCGAUUUUUAAAGAACUUUAAUAAAAUUUAUGAUGUAACAAACAAAGUAACUUCAGUCGGUAAUAUUUUUUCCUACCUUAGAUUUGAAAUAUCCAUAGCUGAAUCAUUUGGAAGGUGAGGUAGAUUUGAGGUUAGGCAGUUUGCUAGCUGUUUCUAAAAACCUCUCUGUGUACAGCUCUGCAUAUACGGCGUCGAGCACUUACUUUAUGACAGACAGCUAAACAAAAAUUGUCAUUUCAUAUUCAUUCGUAUUUGGAUUUAUCGUAUGGGAUAGAAAGUGAUGAAUCGAGAGUGUCUUUUUCACACAAAAGACAAGACUCAAAUGGAAAAAAGAGUAUAGACGUAACGUAGACAUCUUCGACUUAAGUUCAUUGAGUUUUAAAAGCGUCACGUAACAGGAAAAACCCUAUUGAAUGACACCGCAGGAAGAAUAAGAUGAACAUUGUUUUUAGGACGUUUCUAAUUUCAUAUGAAUCAAGCAGUGAAGUGUUUCAUGGGCGUACUAGUUGCCCAGCCUUGGAAGUCACUGGUAUUUUGGAGCAGGGCCAAGGGGAUGCCAAUUGUUUUAAUAGCGGUCGACGCAUGACGCAGUAUCAAUGAAUAAGAGGGCUUUCCGGAAAUUAGUUUCACCAGUAACGAGAUCUCAGGAUGUUAUUUUGUACAAACGUUCAACAUAAGCUGUAACUUGCAAAAAUAGCAAAAGUUGUCCUGGUUGUGUUUAAAAUUUUAUAAAUAGAAGCUACAUGUGAAUGCAAACAACAAAAAAGAAAAGUCAAAGUGAAUCGAUAUUUUGUCUGCACAGAGUCGCGAACUUGUGGCUCUAUUGAACAAAUUCAAAGAGGAUUUUAGCGAGGUUAAAAGAAUGCUAUACCACAAGUAAGCUUCAGGGCUGAUCAGGGAACAACGCAUUGAGAACAACAAAAAUACUGUUUUCAAGAAGACCAAUUUUUAGUUUAAGACAAUGGAAAAUUGGAGGGAUUGCAGCAACCAGUAUUAUGAAAAUAUGCUGAAAAAUGCUGAACAAUUUUUAGAAAAAAGAAG